AUGGGUGUACAGGGUCUUCUGCCCGCGCUCAAGAGCGUCAUCGAUCAGGUGCACAUGUCCAAGUACGCUGGAAAGACAGUGGGUGUAGAUGGGAGCGGAUGGCUCUAUAAGGGCGCGUACAGCUGCCCCGUGGACCUGGUUUUUGGCCGACCGACCGAUGCGUACUUGAACUAUAGUAUGCAGCAGCUAAAACAGCUACAAGCACACGACAUCACGCCUAUUUUAGUGUUCGAUGGAGCUCCUCUACCAGCCAAGGCACCGACAAACGCUGCUCGAAGCAGAUCACGUGCGGACUGGAGACGGAAGGCUGAAAAGCUGCUUGAGGAACAAGACGAGCAUUCAGAAAGCAGUCGUGCCCUUUUUUUGGCCUGUACAAGGGCGGUUGCGGUAACGAACGAGAUGGUCAGGACACUAAUCACAGUCCUGCAGAACAUGGGCAUUUUGUUUUACGUCGCACCAUACGAGGCAGACGCUCAGCUGGCAUUUUUAUCGAGGCACAAGAUUGUGGACGUGGUGAUCUCGGACGACUCGGACUGUGUGCCUUAUGGUGUCAAGACAGUGCUGUUCAAGCUAGGUGCUACCGGAUGGGGCAGUGAGCUCAAGCGGCGAAGUUUAGGGGCCAAUGAAGACCUGUCAUUCAAUGGAUGGACGGAAGAGAUGCUUCUUCAGCUGUGUGUGCUUGCUGGCUGUGACUAUUGCCCGUCCAUUUACGGCAUUGGCAUUGUUACGGCGUACAAACUUGUGAGUCAGUACAAGACACCAGCGGAGGUGCUGAAAGCAUUGCAACAGAAGCCAGAGACACUUAUGCGUAAGGAUUUUGCCGAACAAUUCUACUCGGCAAUUCUCACCUAUCGCCAUCAACUGGUCUUCGACCCGCGUGAUGAUAAACUAAAGAUGCUAAACCCUCUUGACAUUUCGAUGGACAUUCUGCCGCGAGUAGACAAGGGUCUUCAUUUUCUUGGCAAUGUUGAACUUCGAGACGAUGUCGUUGCAUGCAUCGCAUCAGCCCAGAUUCAUCCAGUCACGCACGAAAGUUAUGCGUGGAAGAAUACCGCCGCCGCUGCUACCUUGUGUGAAGAACAGACAGCUGCGAGCCUAACGCAGAGAAGGACACGGUCAUCAACUUCUUCCGAAAGCAGUGGCGUGGCCCUACCCCACCGACUUCAACGGAACACCGAAGUCGUCACUGCUGGCAGCACUUACGCGCCAGGUGGCUCAUCACAGGAAGAAUUCAUCACCUCCACGAACAAGUCGCGAGAAGCAUCACGUGUCCGAUAUGAAAAGCCACGUCCUUCAUCCCGGUCGUCGUGGACGCACCUCGACAGCGUCUUAGGCUCGUCCGACCACAUUGUGAACUUCCGCAGCCCAAAAGUUAGCGAGAAUUUCACGCCGCUCACUGCAUUACACAAACCGCUCGUAUCGACACAUACUUCCAGCAUGGACAUGCUGCAUCUCAAGAAGUUCGAUAGACGCCCCGUGCGCAGUCACGCGAAGCGCGUUAGAAACCCAACAAACCGAAGACGAGAUGGGAAAGGAAGCGGCUUUGAAGGCGAAGUGCUGUGUCGAGUCGACCAGGGACAGGCUUCCCAUUUCGAAUCCAGGUCCGAUAGCCGACUAAGCUUAGCAGAAGCUUUAAGCCACUCAGAUCGUUUGACCGAUGAUGCAGAGGGAGAUCUGCCACAGAAACCCAAGCGACCCAGAGUAUUCGAACAUCCACCGUCUGUGCCUUCAACGCGAUCAUCGCCGGCAUCAGAAGAUAGCAGCCGGAAACAGCUUGUCCGCCCUACACCUUUUGGAUGUGACAAUGGACGGUCAUCUACCUCCAGCAACGACAACGGCUUCCACUGGACGUUGCCACCCCGCCACUCGCAGCAGCCUCAAAGCCUCUUGUCAAGAACCGCAACGUCAGCAUCCAACUACGCAUCUACCGCAUCAGCCGAAGAGAAAUGGGACCGCAUCCUAGGCGACGAAAUCGACGACGACGACGGUACCAACAGCAGCGGUAGCCAAAUAGAAGACUAA